CUACACUCGCUGAGGUAUGCAUUCUCUCUUACGAUCUAAUGACCUUACUUAUGACUUGUACCAUAGACUCUGUCUUCUAGGUACAGCUAAUGAUAUAGCUCCUGUGUCUCUACACUCGCUGAGACUCUGUCUUCUAGGUACAGCUAAUGAUAUAGCUCCUGUGUCUCUACACUCGCUGAGACUCUGUCUUCUAGGUGAUCGCUACUGGUCGUAUCUCCACUGCGCGGUAUUGUCUGCGACACAACAAACAUUCAGCCCGCGGAGCUGUCAAAAGCACAGUUUCGACGUCGGCGAACGGAUUGUAGAUCUGGGCCCUCGAUUGAGUGGCAGAACAGAAGUCAGCGCGGGGAUCUUUUUGUGACCUACACCGCCCGAAGGUAGCCGUUGAAUAAAAAUACUUGACUCAGCGAUUCUUG